AUGGAAAGCUCAGAUUGUAACGAUAAAGGAAGUGGUGAUCAGUCUGCAGCACAGCGCAGAAGUCAGAUGGACCGAUUGGAUCGGGAAGAAGCUUUCUAUCAAUUUGUAAAUAACCUCAGUGAAGAAGAUUAUAGGCUUAUGAGGGAUAACAAUUUGCUAGGCACGCCAGGUGAAAGUACUGAGGAAGAGUUGCUGAGGAGACUACAACAAAUUAAAGAGGGCCCACCACCACAAAACUCAGAUGAAAAUAGAGGUGGAGACUCUUCAGAUGAUGUAUCUAAUGGUGACUCUAUAAUAGACUGGCUUAACUCAGUCAGACAAACUGGAAAUACGACAAGAAGUGGGCAAAGAGGAAACCAAUCGUGGAGAGCAGUGAGUCGGACUAAUCCAAACAGUGGUGAUUUCAGAUUCAGUUUAGAGAUCAAUGUUAACCGUAAUAAUGGGAGCCAAAAUCCAGAGAAUGAAAAUGAACCAUCUACAAGACGUUCUAGUGGAGAAAGUAUGGACAACAACAGCCAAAGACAAAUGGAAAAUGCACGAUCUGAAUCAACAUCUGCAAGGCCACCCAGAUCAGAACGAAGUUCAACUGAAGCAUUAACAGGAGAAGCCCCACCUACCAGAGGUCAGAGAAGGGCAAGAAGUAGGAGCCCAGACCAUCGGAGAACCCGAGCAAGAGCUGAAAGAAGUAGAUCACCUCUACAUCCAAUGAGUGAAAUUCCACGAAGAUCUCAUCAUAGUAUCUCAUCUCAGACUUUUGAGCAUCCUUUGGUAAAUGAGACUGAAGGAAGUUCUAGAACCCGGCACCACGUGACAUUAAGACAGCAAAUAAGUGGACCUGACUUACUAACUAGAGGUCUUUUUGCAGCUUCUGGAACAAGAAAUGCCUCACAAGGAGCAGGAUCUUCAGACACAACUGGCAACGGUGAAUCUACAGGAUCAGGCCAGAGACCUCCAACCAUAGUCCUUGAUCUUCAAGUAAGAAGAGUUCGUCCGGGAGAAUAUCGGCAGAGAGAUAGCAUAGCUAGCAGAACUCGGUCAAGGUCUCAGACGCCAAACAACACCGUCACUUAUGAAAGUGAACGAGGAGGUUUUAGGCGUACGUUUUCACGUUCUGAGCGAGCAGGUGUGAGAACCUAUGUCAGUACCAUCAGAAUUCCAAUUCGUAGAAUCUUAAAUACUGGUUUAAGUGAGACUACAUCUGUUGCAAUUCAGACCAUGUUAAGGCAGAUAAUGACUGGUUUUGGCGAGUUAAGCUACUUUAUGUACAGUGAUAGUGAUUCAGAGCCUAGUGGCUCAGUCUCGAGUCGAAAUAUGGAAAGGUCAGAGUCACGGAAUGGAAGAGGGGGUUCUGGUGGUAGUAGCAGUUCUGGUUCAAGUUCCAGUUCGAGUCCUAGUUCCAGUUCCAAUGGUGAAAGUUCAGAGACUAGCUCAGAGGUAUUUGACGGCAGUAAUGAAGGAAGCUCAUCAUCAGGCUCAUCAGGUGCCAGGCGAGAGGGUCGACACAGGGCCCCAGUAACAUUUGAUGAAAGUGGCUCUCUGCCCUUCCUUAGUCUCGCUCAGUUUUUCCUCUUAAAUGAGGAUGAUGAUGACCAACCUAGAGGACUCACCAAAGAACAGAUUGACAACUUGGCAAUGAGAAGUUUUGGUGAAAAUGAUGCAUUAAAAACCUGUAGUGUUUGCAUUACAGAAUACACAGAAGGCAACAAACUUCGUAAACUACCUUGUUCCCAUGAGUACCAUGUCCACUGCAUCGAUCGCUGGUUAUCUGAGAAUUCUACUUGUCCUAUUUGUCGUAGAGCAGUCUUAGCUUCUGGUAACAGAGAAAGUGUUGUGUGA